UGAAAGCCCUUCAAUGUAAACACGUUCUCUUCUCUUUCUUUAUUCUUCUUAUUGCUUGUUGAUCGAUGAUUUGAUUAUUAUACAAGAAGUUAUAAUAUUUAUGAAGAAUUGGAAGAUGAUAGAAGCUUGCUUUUAAGUUAUGAAGUGAUUGAUUGCCCCAAAAAAAUCAUGAAGAAGAAAGCCGCAGCCGCCGCUCCGGUACCAGUCCGCCACGUUAUCUGGUUAGGCUGGAAACUCGUCGUCGUCUUCUCUUUUGCCCUUUUCUUCUAUGCUCUCAUCCGCCUCCAUUUCUCCGCGGAAAUCUCUUCUCCCACUAAGUAUCUCUCGCGCGCGCGUUUGAGAUCUCGUAUUCCUCGCUAUAACAACAUCAACGGCACCCCUAAGAUCGCUUUCCUCUUCCUUUCCCGCUUCAAUCUCCCUCUCGAUUUUCUCUGGGGCGGCUUCUUUGAGGUCCGUAACAAAAACCCAUCUUUCCUUUUUCCUCCACUUUCACCAAAAUUUAACCUUUUUUUGUAUGGGAAUUUGUUACAGAACGCUGACAGGGCCAACUUCUCCAUUUACAUUCACUCCGCCCCUGGCUUCGUCUUCGACGAGUCGACUUCUCGGUCGCAUUUCUUCUACAAUCGGCAAUUGACUGAUAGCAUUCAGGUUGCUUGGGGAGAAUCGAGUAUGAUAGAAGCCGAACGGUUGUUGCUUGCAAAUGCUCUAGAUGAUCCUACAAAUCAGAGAUUUGUUCUUCUGUCUGACAGUUGUGUACCUCUAUACAACUUCAGCUAUAUCUAUAGAUACCUUAUGGCUUCUCCUAGGAGUUUCGUGGACAGCUUUCUCGAUUCGAAGGAUGGGCGUUACCACCCUAAAAUGUUUCCUGUUAUACCAAGGAACAAGUGGAGAAAAGGAUCUCAGUGGAUCUCUUUGAUAAGGAGCCAUGCCGAAGUCGUCGUAGAUGACGAGGUUGUUCUUCCGGUCUUUAAGAAAUUCUGCAAGCGACGGCCUCCUGUGGACACCAGUAAAGGACGGCUGAAUAUUAAACUUCAAAAACAGCAUAAUUGUAUCCCAGAUGAACAUUACGUGCCAACAUUGUUCGCGAUGAGUGGUCUCGAAGGUGAGAUAGAACGAAGAUCACUGACCUAUACCUUGUGGAACCAGUCGGUUACGAAAAUGGAUAACAAAGCUUGGCAUCCUGUUACAUUCAACUAUGCAGAUGUUAGUCCUAAACGACUCAAAGAAAUAAAGGACAUCAACCAUAUAUACUACGAGAGUGAAUCCCGGACAGAGUGGUGUCGAGUUAACUCUACAUCUGUUCCUUGCUUUUUAUUCGCCAGGAAGUUCUCAAGAGGAGCCGCCAUGCGCCUUUUGAGUGAAGGGGUGGUUGCUCCCUUUGAUGCCUCGUCGUUAUUAGGCAGUUCGUCUUGAUUGCUGAUCACAAUAUAUAAAAACCGCCUAACACUCAGCUGAUCCGCCUGUAAAGAACAAUUAGGGUGACAAGCAGAUUGCCUGCUAAAGUUUUGCCUGAUAUACAACACUACUGUAUACGCAGAAAUAGUUAUUUAGAUUCAAAACAGAUUCGGGAGGCAGAUAGAAGAUUUGGAAGAUCAAACAUAGUGCAGGAGUUGGAUACCCCAUUGACAUUGGUGUUAGCUGUCUGUCUGAUUGGUCAUAUAUGUUUUACUGGCUGGGAAAAGUUUGACAUUUUCAUUACAUUCUGUAUGGUUAUUUAGUGUAACAACUCCAUAAUUACAAUAAUUAUCAUAGAUAUUACAAUGA